ACUGCUGUGUCCCUAUGUCCAAAAGACUUAUAACAGCUGUGCCAGACUCUGCUUAAACCAAGAAACAGUAUUAUCUAGCAAAUACUGCUAUGAAGACUGAAAAUUGUGUGGCCAAAACAAAACUUGCCAAUGGCACUUCCAGUAUGAUCGUACCCAAGCAACGGAAACUCUCUGCAAGCUAUGAAAAGGAAAAGGAACUGUGCGUCAAAUAUUUUGAACAGUGGUCAGAGUCUGAUCAAGUUGAAUUUAUGGAACAUCUUAUAUCCCAAAUGUGUCAUUACCAACAUGGGCACAUAAAUUCAUAUCUUAAACCUAUGCUGCAAAGGGAUUUCAUAACUGCUCUGCCAGCUCGGGGAUUGGAUCAUAUUGCUGAGAACAUUCUGUCAUACUUGGAUGCCAAAUCACUUUGUGCUGCUGCACUUGUGUGCAAAGAAUGGUACCGAGUGACGUCGGAUGGCAUGUUAUGGAAGAAGCUCAUCGAGAGAAUGGUCAGGACAGAUUCUCUGUGGAGAGGCUUGGCAGAACGAAGAGGGUGGGGACAGUAUUUAUUCAAAAACAAACCUCCUGAUGGGAAUGCUCCUCCCAACUCUUUUUAUAGAGCACUUUAUCCUAAAAUUAUACAAGACAUUGAGACAAUAGAAUCUAAUUGGAGAUGUGGAAGACACAGUUUACAGAGAAUCCACUGCCCGAGUGAAACUAGCAAAGGAGUUUACUGUUUACAGUAUGAUGACCAGAAAAUAGUAAGCAGCCUUCGAGACAACACAAUCAAGACCUGGGAUAAAAGCACAUUGGAAUGCAAACGAAUUCUCACAGGCCACACAGGUUCCGUCCUUUGUCUCCAGUAUGAUGAGAGGGUGAUCAUAACUGGAUCAUCAGAUUCCAUGGUCAGAGUUUGGGAUGUAAAUACAGGUGAAAUGCUAAACACAUUGAUUCACCAUUGUGAAGCAGUUCUGCACUUACGUUUCAAUAAUGGCAUGAUGGUGACCUGUUCCAAAGAUCGUUCCAUUGCUGUAUGGGAUAUGGCCUCCCCAACUGAUAUUACCCUCCGGAGGGUUUUGGUUGGACACCGAGCUGCUGUCAAUGUUGUAGACUUUGAUGACAAGUACAUCGUUUCUGCAUUUGGGGACAGAACUAUAAAGGUGUGGAACACAAGUACUUGUGAAUUUGUAAGGACCUUAAAUGGACACAAACGAGGGAUUGCCUGUUUGCAGUACAGAGACAGGCUGGUGGUGAGUGGCUCCUCUGACAACACUAUCAGAUUAUGGGACAUUGAAUGUGGUGCAUGUUUACGAGUGUUAGAAGGUCAUGAGGAACUGGUGCGUUGUAUUCGAUUUGAUAACAAGAGGAUAGUCAGUGGGGCCUAUGAUGGAAAAAUUAAAGUGUGGGAUCUUGUGGCUGCUUUGGACCCCCAUGCUCCUGCAGGGAGUCUCUGUUUACGGACCCUUGUGGAGCAUUCUGGAAGAGUUUUCCAACUCCAAUUUGAUGAAUUCCAGAUUGUCAGUAGUUCACAUGAUGACACAAUCCUCAUCUGGGACUUCCUAAAUGAUCCACAACCCAAGCUGAGCCCCCCCCCCCGCUCCCCUUCUAGAACAUACACCUACAUCUCCAGAUAAACAACCAUAUACUGACCUCAUACUUACCCAGGACUUAUUAAAGUUGCAGUAUUUAAGUAUCUGCCAAGACCAGAAUGAGCAACAACCGCAACAAUCAAACUCCUAC